UUGUGGGUGUGGUGGUGAUGCAGUGUGGGAGUCACAGAUGUGUGCUGUUAGAAGAGUUCAACCUUCAGAGUGAUCUCGAACGGCUUGUUAAAACUGUGAUGCCCUCUUGUUUUGGUUGGACACCCCAGGUUGGAGACCAGCUGCUUAUGUCAAUUGAAAAUUCUCCUCCCGUCUGGAAAUAUCAAAGCUACUUUAUCGUCAUAAGAAUCAUGAUGUUUUCUGUGCGCUCCAACCCAAUGUUACGGAAAGCAAAUCUGGCUGUGUGGAGAGCAUGGAGGUCAUGGAAGUUAAGCUUGCACUCUUCUACAGUUUGUGCAUCUUCUGGUUCUGGUCCCCUGGACAGAUCUGAUGAACUGUCUUCUGUUUCAACCAAAAAGCCUCCUCACACGCCUGUCAUGCUCAAAGAGGUGCUUCAUUACUUAGACAUCCAGCCAGGUCAGGUGGUCCUGGACAUGACGUUUCGAGGUGGUGGUCAUGCCAAAGCAAUACUGAAUAUGGUUCCUGAAGUCACAGUCCUGGCCUUAGACCGAGAUCCUUCCGCCAUUUCUCUGGCCCAGCAGUUAGCCAAGGAACACUCUGGUCAUGUGAAACCAUUGCUUGGCCGAUUCAGCGAGCUUGAAGCCCUGCUGUCUAACAUGAACAUUAAGCCAGGCAGCAUUGAUGCCGUCCUGUUGGAUGCCGGCUGCUCCUCCAUGCAGAUGGAUCAGGCGGAGAGAGGCUUCUCCCUCAGCAAGGACGGCCCCCUGGAUAUGAGAAUGGAUGGAGAGAGGUACCCCGACAUGCCCUGUGCUGCUGACGUUGUGAAUACCUUAGAUCAACAGGCUCUUGCAUCCAUCCUCACUGCAUACGGGGAAGAAAGACACGCCAGGAAAAUAGCUUCAGCCAUUGUGGAGGCACGCCGUGUCAACCCCAUCACCCAGACACAGCAGCUGGCCAGCGUGGUGGCAGGAUCAUUUCCUGCAGCUGUUCUCUAUGCACGUAAAGACCGACUCCAACGACCUGCACACGUGGCCACUAAGACUUUCCAAGCUCUGCGUAUCUUUGUGAACGAUGAGCUCAACGAACUACAUGCAGGGCUGCGCGCCGCCCAGUCGGUACUGACACCUGGAGGACGCCUCGGCGUGAUCACCUUUCAUUCGCUAGAAGACAGACUGGUCAAACGUUUCCUCCAGGGAGAGGACUUGUCUAAUCUAGAUCAGUAUCACUUCAGUCCGAGGAAGCAAGGAACCAGGAAGGAAAAACUGGUGGAUGAAAAAAGAGAUGGUGGGAGUGCUUAUUGGCUUCCUCUGCGAAGAAAAGUGAUCACCCCAGAAAGGGACGAUGUAACAGAGAAUCCUCGGGGACGCUCUGCUAAACUGAGGGCAGCACUCAGACGUUAAUUAUGUGACGUCAGUUGAUUGUAAUUUUGACAUGUUCGUAUGCAUUCAUGUCUUGUUAAACAAACGUUUGUUUUAUACACAUGUCUAAUAAUUAUUUUGCGACCUUGCCUGAACCUGAGCGUUCGUUAUACGUUAAGAAAUUAAGGUAGGUCUCCUCAGUCUUCCUCGUCCAACACAGUGGCCAGAUAUUGCUUAUCCAGACUUCACAGUUUGAUGUAAUAUAUACUGUAUAUACUGGAAGUUUGGCCAUAAGAAAAACGUGUUAUUGAAUUAAGAGGUUGCCUCUUUCAAAUCCAAAUUGUGUGAAAGCUGGUUAAAGUUUCAAGUAAAAAACUUUUUAUACCCAAGUGAAAGUAUAUGACGUUUGUGUUGUUUGCCUUUUGUAUUGUACAAUGUACAGGAAAUGACAGACAAAUUUCACAAUUAACAUUUUUUUUUUCACCCCAGUUUUACUUUACAAACACCUGGUUUGAUACGGCACUGUAAUGAUCCUCUAUAAUAAUGUGUUUGAGUUUGAGUGAUGACUUAAAACUUUAAUUUCUGUGUAUUAUUCUAAUAAAUUUGAUUUUCAUGCAU